UUCAAGAACUUUAAAAUAUUCCUUCUCCAUGCACAUAUGCUGCCAUAUAUUGAUUCUCCAUUCACUUCUCACCCUCCCCAUCCCCAUCCCCACAACAGACCACCUUUCUUCUCCAUCAUUCAUCAAUCACACAAUGAUGGUUCCAGAAAUGGAGAAACCUCGAAUCACAGAGAUAAAGGUCAGGAUGGAUUGCAACGGAUGCGUUCACAAGAUCAAGAAGGCCUUGCACGGCAUCACCGGUAUAUAUGAUCUCUAUGUUGAUUUCCCUCAGCAGAAAAUAACAAUAGUCGGUUGGGCUGAUCCUGCCAAGAUUGUCAAAGCCAUCAAGAAGACAAGAAAAACUGCAAUCAUUUGUUCACAUACGGAACAAUCUGAUGAACCAGCUCAACCAACACCAGAACCAGCACCUGAAAACGGCACACCUGAGGGCUCAGGUGAAUCACCACCACCACAGGAGUCUACCAACCCACCGCCAGAACAGCCACCGGCAGAAGCAACGCCACCAGCUGAGGCACAGAAAGAACCACCAACACCACCAGAGAAUCCACCAACAGAGGCAAAACCAUCACAGGAAUCUGAUAACGAUCCGCCAAGCCAGUCGAGUCAGCCCUCUAAACCAAAAGAACAUGAAGAAAUUCAUGUCAUAUAUCACCAUCCACCCGACUAUGGAUAUCGGUACGCCUAUCCUCAUUACGUCCCAAACGACAAUAGCAGACAAUGGAACGCCUAUCCCACCCGUCCAGGAUUCAGAGUAGAGCCACCUCAACCACCACAGCCACCUCAACCUGUUUAUGUGACUCACAGCUACAACACAUACAGGCCAUCCCCCUAUACAACUGAAUAUGCAUAUCCACAAUCACCACCAGGAUACUCAUACUACAGUAGACCAGACAACUACAAUCAGGCGUAUUACAGUGGGAGCAACGGAAACGGAAACGGCAAUGGCAACAUCACAUCAAUGUUCAGCGAGGAAAAUCCAAAUGCAUGUACCAUAGUAUGAGAGCUAAAGAAGCAAGACCGUGUGAAACGCAGGGAGUCGAUGUUGCUUCAAGAGAGACGCGCAUCAAAUGUUAAAGGAGGAAAAUAAGCAAACUCGAGAAUUUUCUUUGACAACUAUACUUAGAGAUGAGUUUGUUGCUAAUUUUGAGCAAUUAGAUUCCUGGCUUGUAAGAGAAAGCAUAUAUUCUCUUUGGUUGAGAACUAAUUAAUUGUAUUUGUAGGUAGCAUUUCAUUCAGUGUAAAAGCAUCCGAAUAAAGCUGCCUCAUCCUACCUUCAUAUCUAUCCAUGUCUAUAUG